AUCCCAUCCCUGCCAAGUUGCUGACCGCCCACUUCUUGUUCAAGAUGGCGGAUCUGAACCGGCAGUUGCAAGAAUACCUGGCCCAGUCAAAGGGGGGCAGCGGCUCAGCAGUCCCAUCAGCACCUCAGAGCCCACCACAAGAUGAAAUGGUUGAGCGUGGGUCAGGCUUGGGAGCUUGGUUCGGCCGGAUGAACCCUUUCCCUGCCACAGGAACGUUGCCUUGGGCAGCCGAACCGGAGCCAGACCCAUGGCUGCCAACUGGCCUGUCGCGUUGGCAGCGCCUGGUGGGGAGUGCCUUGUGUGUUUUGCUGGCAGUUCUUUGCUUCGGCCUCGCUGCCCUGUAUGGCUCGCUCCUGCUGCUGAGAAAGUUUGCUCUGCUUUGGUCCCUGGGCUCGGCCUUUGCAUUGGGUGCCGCUGGCUUCCUGCGGGGCCCAAGUCGUCUCCUUGGUGAACCUGACCGCCGGGGCCUUGCCCUUCUUUACUUGGGCUCUGUGGGCGCCACCCUGUAUGCUGCCCUUGGUCUCCGGAGCACCUUGCUUACUACUCUGGGGGCUGCUGUCCAGCUGGUGGCUGGUGGGGCCUAUUUGUUGGCCUCUCUGCCAGGCGGCACCACAGGACUGCGCUAUGUUGGUGGGUUCUUAACCGGUUUUGUACGGCGUCGUGUGUCUAAAACUCUCCCGGUGUGAGGGUGGUUG